GGUUUUCCUUGGCCAAAAUGGUGACCGUGAUGUUGAAGGAAAUGAAUUACCUCGGCUAGUUUAUGUCUCUCGCAAGAAGAGACCUGGUUUUGAUCAUCACAAGAAAGCUGGUGCCAUGAAUGCUCUGAUAAAUAUGAAGGGUUUGGAUGGUAAACAAGGACCAAUUUAUGUCGGAACUGGUUGUGUCUUCCGGAGGCAGGCUUUGUAUGGAUAUGAUGCCCAUAAAAAGAAACCUCCCGGGAAAACAUGUAACUGUUGGCCAAAAUGGUGCUGCUUGUGUUGUGGGUCUAGAAAAAGAGGUAGGAAAAUAAAGUCCGAUGAGCAAAAGAAGACAGGGAGGAACAGGGAGGCUUCAAAGCAGAUUCAUGCACUGGAAAAUAUUGAAGAGGGAAUUGAAGGUAUAGACAAUGAAAAAUCAUCACUAAUGUCCCGACUAAAGUUCAAGAAGAAAUUCGGUCAAUCCCCAGUUUUUAUAGCUACAACCCUGAUGGAAGAAGGUGGUGCCCCAAAGGGAGCCACUACUGCAUCACUUUUGAAAGAAGCCAUUCAUGUCAUUAGCUGUGGUUAUGAGGACAAAACGGAAUGGGGAAAAGAGGUGGGCUGGAUAUAUGGCUCCGUUACAGAGGAUAUUCUAACGGGCUUCAAGAUGCAUUGUCUUGGCUGGCGAUCUGUAUACUGCGUGCCUAAGCGGCCCGCUUUCAAGGGUUCAGCUCCAAUAAACCUAUCAGAUCGCCUGCAUCAGGUUCUCCGUUGGGCUCUUGGAAAGGUUGAGAUCCUUUUGAGCAGGCAUUGUCCGAUAUGGUAUGGGUAUGGCUGUGGCUUAAAAUGGUUAGAGCGGUUUUCUUACAUCAACUCGGUCGUCUAUCCUUUGACUUCCAUUCCCUUGAUCGCAUAUUGUACUCUUCCAGCCGUUUGUCUUCUAACAGGAAAGUUUAUUGUCCCUGAGAUGAGCAACUAUGCUAGUCUCAUUUUCAUGGCACUCUUUAUAUCUAUUGCGGCUACAGGCAUCCUUGAGAUGCGGUGGGGUGGUGUCGGUAUCCACGACUGGUGGAGAAAUGAGCAGUUCUGGGUAAUUGGUGGGGUCUCCUGUCACCUGUUUGCUCUCUUCCAGGGUCUACUAAAAGUUUUGGCUGGAGUCAGCACAAAUUUCACGGUCACGUCCAAAGCCGGAGAUGAUGGAGAAUUCUCUGAGCUAUACCUCUUUAAGUGGACAUCACUGUUAAUCCCUCCCUUGACUCUGCUCAUCCUAAACAUAAUUGGAGUCAUUGUCGGCGUUUCAGAUGCCAUCACUAAUGGCUACGAAUCUUGGGGUCCACUGUUUGGUAAACUUUUCUUUGCUUUGUGGAUCAUUGUUCAUCUGUAUCCCUUCCUCAAGGGAUUCAUGGGAAAACAAGAUCGGUUACCUACAAUCAUAAUUGUUUGGGCAAUUCUUCUUGCCUCGAUUUUAACUCUUUUAUGGGUCCGAAUAAACCCUUUCAUUUCCAAGGACGGCAUUGUACUAGAGGUGUGUGGAUUGGAUUGCAACUAGGAUUAGACUCGAAGAGGAGGGCACCCUUUUGCAAUUGGCGGUGGGAUUCAUCAAUGAGAAGGCUCCUUGAAGGGUAUAUGUACAAAAAAAGGAAAAUUGAAAAGAAGAAAGGAAAAGUAUGA